AUGACGUUCAACCCAAUAAAUGUUCAGCACCUUUUUCGCAUCUGCACCAUCGACAAGGACGACAACGAGCAGCGUCGCCUAGGACAUCGGCGGAGUAUUGUAGCAGUAAGCUGUAGCGCAUACACGGAGCGAGGGACUAGGGCGAGUCAGAUCGAAAUCAUAAGAGUAUACUCGCCAAGCCAGACAUCCAUACACCUAUCCCUUCACCACCACCGCUCGGCAGCACUUGGACAAAGGGACUACACAUCCGUGCGAACUCACCAUCGAGCAGAACACCUGUCUCGUCAGGCCGCGGCAGCAGCUCACGCGUCGUAUUACGCUCAUCCUUCACUACAUCUCCAUACCUACCUCCCCCGACGCUCUCUAUCAGGGAACGUUUUACCGGACGCAUUACAGGAUGGAAAAGUGCUCGAAGCAAUGAACGGUCCGGCCCCUUCUGCCAUCAACGGCGAUCCCGAUGAUAAAGUCCCGGAAGGUGAAGGUACGAAGGGUACGAGGGAAGAAGAAGGUGGGAAAGAGAAUGCUGGCAAGCCCAGUGGAAUGGAUCAAGGUGCUUUGGAACAUAAUGGAGAAGCGGGCGGAACCCAUACUUCGCCCGGACCUACGGCUCAGGAAGUACAACGAUUCAAGGAGACACAAUCGAGUUGGACGAAUCACGUCGAGGCCGGAGUUGGAUCAACUCGGCCAGGUCUUACCAGGCAUUGGAGUGCCGUGCAGGGUAUGGAACCGCAUCUGCAAUUGAUGUGUGGACCUCUUAUCUCUUACUACACGACGAUCAAAGAUGUCUGGCAAGGAGGCGCCAUGGUCGUAACGGCGGACGAAGGAAGCAUAUACGAGCCGGCUCCGUCGCUAUAUCUCAACUUUCAUCCAUAUAGUUCCCCUUCCGAGAUCAAGCCCACGUUGCACGAUUCUUCUCAGACUCUCCUUGAACCAGUCACCCUCCGAGCGACAAAAUUCCACUCCUUUUCCGGACACAAUGGUUCAUUCAGCUUUUGGCGAUUCAUCAUCGAGAUCCCACUCCAAUCGGUCGAGAUGACUGUGAAAUACACGUUGAACGGGGGAGCAGAGCUCAACUUUGUCUUGCCUCAUAUCGGUCAGAAUCUGCACUGGGCAGCGCACAGCUGUAACGGCUUCUCAACAGGUGUCAACCCUGACGAAUUCAAAGGAGACUAUCAUUCUGGAUAUGAUCCAGUCUGGGAAGAUUUGCUCUUGAAACACCACGAGAGGGCGUUCCACUGCAUGGUCGGUGGAGGUGAUCAGAUCUAUUGUGAUGCUUUGAUCCGAGAGCCAGAGCUUCAGCCUUGGAUCAACGAGCCUGACAGAAAAUCAAAACUGGCCCACCCUCUCACUGAUGAAAUCAAAGCGGCUGUUGACCGGUUCUACUUCAAUCACUAUUGCAAGAUCUUCCGGUCCAACGCUUUUGGUCGAGCAAACUCGUCUAUCCCGAUGGUCAAUAUGCUGGAUGAUCAUGACCUGAUUGACGGCUUCGGCACGUAUGAUGAUGAGACUCAAGCUGCUCCCGUCAUGUCAUAUGUUGGCAGUCGAGGAUACUUUUGGUUUCUGAUCUUUCAGCUCUUCGUCAAUGAUGAGGUUGACGGGACGAACCCUACCCCCGGAACCCAUCCUAUCAAAUCGAUGAUCAUUGGAGAACCUGGCGCUUGGAUCCCUUUCCCAUCGCACUCUUUACUGGUGUAUCUUGGACCGAAGGUCGUCAUGCUGGCUCUGGAUUGUCGUGCAGAGCGCAAGCAGAAACAAAUUUGUACGAUGGACACGUACAACAAGACAUUUAACGAGCUCAAGAAGUAUGCUGGUGUGGAGCAAGUUGUCAUCCUCCUUGGAGUCCCUAUCGCAUACCCCCGAAUGUCCUUCCUUGAGCACUUCCUUGAUCUCAAGUAUAACCCCAUCAACGUGCUAGCUCGACACAACGCCUUGGGCUUGGGGGGCAUGGUCAACAAAUUCAACCAAGCUUCGGAGCUCCUCGACGACCUGAACGAUCAUUGGUGCGCUAAUUAUCACAAGAAGGAACGCAAUUGGCUCGUCCUUGAGACGCAGAACCUGGCGUUGGAGAUGGGGGCGAGAAUCACUUUCUUAUCUGGUGAUGUUCAUCUUGCAGCGGUUGGAUGUCUCUUCUCCAAACAUGCCGGAAGAAAAAAGCUCGAACCGGCGAAGGACCAUCGAUAUAUGCUCAAUGUCAUUACGAGUGCGAUUGUCAAUACGCCUCCACCGCCUGGAGCGGCCAAGAUGGUCUCCAUACUAGGAGGACACAAGCAUCGGACUUUACCAAAAGGCACGGACGAGAAGAUGAUUCCACUCUUUGACAAGGAUACUGAUGGAAGCGUCAUGAAGCGAAAGCUGUGUCAGCCGCGACGUAACUACGCAUCUGUCGACUACUUGGAAAGUGGGGAACUUCAAUUCGACUUCAAAGUUGAAAAAUCUCGAGGCGCCGGUGAGACCGUCAGCUACCCUAUCAAGGCACCUGCUCCUCGAUGGGAUGUAAACACACCUUAG